CCCAGGCUGCUCCGCGCCGCAGCCGGGGAGGAGGAGCCGCUUUAUCCGGAGCCCAAGUGGAAAUUUCCCCGUCAGUUGCCGGCUCUGCCGCGAAGGGAGCACCAGCGAGGGCCGCCUACUCUCGUGUCCCCGUGUCGCUCCGCGUCCUGCCCGCUGUCAUGUCCAACUACAUCCACGUCCCGCCCGGCUCGCCGGAGGUGCCCAAGCUGGACAUCACGGUCAGCGAGCGGGAGGGGCCCGGCUACCGCCAGGGCGCCCUGCAGCUGCUGCGCCGGCUGCGCCCGCACUGGAGACCCGAGGAGGUGACGCUGCAGCUGUUCACUGACGGCAUCACCAACAAGCUGAUUGGCUGCUACGUGGGGGACACGAGGGACGACGUGGUGCUGGUCCGGAUCUACGGGAACAAGACGGAGCUGCUGGUGGACAGGGACGAGGAGGUGAAGAGCUUCCGUGUGCUGCAGGCCCACGGCUGUGCCCCACAGCUCUACUGCACCUUCAACAACGGCCUGUGCUACGAGUUCAUGCAGGGAGAGGCCCUGGAUCCAGAGCACGUCUGCAAUCCUGACAUCUUCAGACUCAUUGCUAGACAGCUUGCUAAAAUCCAUACUAUUCAUGCACACAAUGGAUGGAUCCCUAAAUCCAAUUUGUGGCUGAAAAUGGGGAAAUACUUCUCUCUCAUACCCACAGAAUUUGCAGAUGAGGAAGUAAAUAAAAGGUUCUUAAGGGACAUUCCGAGUCCUCAAGUUCUUCAGGAAGAGAUGGCCUGGAUGAAGGAGAGACUGUCAAAUUUAGGAUCACCAGUGGUGCUCUGCCACAACGACCUGUUGUGUAAGAAUAUUAUUUACAACAAGAAAAGAGGUGAUGUGCAGUUCAUAGACUAUGAGUACUCUGGCUACAACUACCUGGCUUAUGACAUUGGGAAUCACUUCAAUGAAUUUGCAGGAGUAAAUGAGGUAGACUACAGCCUUUAUCCCAACAGAAAAUUACAGGAGCAAUGGUUGAGAUCUUACCUUGAGGCCUACAAAGAAUAUAAAGGAUUUGGCACAGAAGUCAGUGAAAAAGAAGUUGAAGUUCUGUAUGUCCAAGUCAAUCAGUUUGCACUGGCUUCACACUUCUUUUGGGGAUUGUGGGCUCUAAUUCAAGCCAAAUAUUCCACCAUUGAUUUUGAUUUUCUAGGGUAUGCAAUCGUUCGGUUUAACCAGUAUUUCAAAAUGAAACUGGAGGUCAUGGCGUUAACUCUUCCUGAGUAACGAAGAGGAGGACUCUUACCAAGUGGAUAGACAACCCCUGAAUCUUUUCUCAGAACAGAUACUGGAAAAAAAGCUAAACAUUUGUUGAAGUGCUGUAAUGCUCACUUGGUGGUUCUUGCUUUAUAAAUAAUGCCUCUAGACAGUCCUUCCAUGUUAAAUUUAUUAUGAAGAACAUACGUACUGCUGUUGAUAUAAAACGGUUUAGAAACUUGCUAAAUCUAUAAAAAGUUGUAGAAAUGGCAAUUUAAUCCUUCUUUGUAAUUUAACAUAUGUUGUAUGUGAAUUAUUUAUUAUACCUUUAACAUGAUUCCGUUGCUGCUUUCAUCAGUUUGUGUUAAAGUUGGGUGCAGACAGAGAAGUUGUUCCAAAGGAUUCGUUUAACAACUUACUUUAUUGAAGUUGCCUUCACUUGUGCUGAAGAAGACAUGUCAGAGACAAUUGUUCCUUUAGAGGCCUGUGAGCAAAGGAGUGACACAGACUUGUGAGAUCUCUAGUGUGGUGUAGCUGCGGAGACCGGUUAGGAUGAUCUUUAUUUCCCCCCCUUUUUUUAAAGGUAGCUUUCCACAGGAUGGUACUUUUCUUUUGCACAAGAAUCAAGCAGCUUGUUGAAAUGAUAAAUAACAUUUUGAUUUUUUUUCUGGCCUGGAUUGGGCUGUAGAAAUGUUGAAGUUCUGUGGCCACAAGGUUCUCUGAGGAUAUCGUUGGGCGGACAGCCUGCCAUCCCCAACUUCCCGGGAAAGCUGCUUGUUUAUUAUGUGUACUCUUAGAAUCAAAGCACCACUAUUCCAAAUCUCUCCUCCUUUUUGCAACUUGAUCCUGGAUUUGAACUCUGCUGUCUGUAUCUGUUGUGCUCCAGUGGCAGAACGGACUGUUGGACCCGAGAUGGGAGAGCAGAGCCCCUGUGGCACUGGGAGCAAGACACAGGUUCACAGCUCCUGUAUCGAUGGCAACUUUCUGCUUUGUCCCCUUCUGACCUUGGACUCUUAACUGCCUGGCCCUGUAGUUGUGCAGAUUCUGGUAUGUCUGGUGGUUCUUUUUUGUUUUCUGUCAGCAAAUUGCUUUUGAAAGCCUCCGGUAUGAAGGACUUUAUGGGAAAGUGUAUGACUUUGGCAGUGAGGCUUUGAUCAUCUCACACAUUUUAUUUCUUAAAGCUAUUAUACCAAGAAUGGUCUGGAUUACAAAAUGUUAACUGAAAAGAAAAUGUUUACCUAACGGAACAAUGCAUAAGUUUGUGUGGAAGAGAGGCUUUAACUGUGAAAGGGAGGGUGGGGCUGGGGGGCAGGAGAUGGGAAGGAACCCACAGCAGAAAGCUCAAGCCCAGCAAUGCGGUUUGGGGCUAGGCAGACUCUGAUGAUACUCUGAAAAACUUUGCACUUUGGUCACACAAGUGCCCACGUGUACCAAGUCUGAGCGUGUGCACGAGCACAUGCAAACACAAACUUAGCUGGGGAGUCUGUUGUACAGACUCCAGCAAAGAUAUUUAUUCAAAACUGCUUUAUGGCACAUGGCAGUGUGAGUAUGUGUGUAUAGCACGUACACACCUACAUACACGUGUGCUUUACAAAGCUUGGAGUGAUUCAGGACAAAGAAAACUCAUGUGAAUGAAAAAUCUUCACCAGUAAAGACCAUUUCCAAUGGUAUUCUGUUGUUUUACAAAAGCACCGUUUAGAAUUUUUUUUCCUCUUGUUGAUAUUAACCUAUGAAUGUUUUCAUUUUAUUUUUAUUCAGUCAAAACCUUAAAAAUCUUUAUAUAAAUGGGAGAGCUGGGAGUUUUUUUGUAACUUGAAAUGAGGUAACCGUUUUCAUUAGUUGGAGGCUACUAUACUGGACAAACUCUCUUUGAUUUGAAACAAAUAGCUUAAAUAGACAUUUAUAAUUUACUUUGUAGCGGUUAUCAAGGAUGUUGCUAGAGCUCAUGAAGGCACUGAAGUCCUUACUCCUCUGUACUUUCUCCCUAUGGACUUUACUGACAUUUGAUGAAUAAUACCCUGCUGUCUUGUAUUUCCUUUAAGUUCAGCAAGAUGUCCUUGGAACUAAGAUUGCUAAAGAUUUUUGAACUCUUUGUUACUAUUUUCUUCCAAGCAGUGGCUUUAUUUCUGACAGUGUUGCUUUGUAUUUAUGAAAUAUUUUGAAAGAAGGCUGUGAAGUUCAUUUGGUCUUGGGAAAUCCAGCAGCUGACAGAUCCUGUUUCCCAAUGGCUGGCAAAACACAUUCCCUUUUCAGGUACCAGUACUACUUAGGUUUGGAGUUGCUGUAGUUUUUGUCAGUAGCGUUUUGUUUGUACAGCUCAAGUAGCAAUAACUGCAGGAGUGGAAGUUUGCUUCCGCAGAACCAAAGCUUUUCCUGAGUGCAGCUCAGUCUCAUCCCUGUGGAGGGAACCCUGUGACAGCGCUUUGAAGCAGGCAGCAAACAGUCCCAGCUUUUCCUGAGCCACUUUGAAGGAGCACAGGGACUGUCCCAGGUUACAGUGGUGGACUUUGCAGUACUGGUCAAGGCUUUAAGUUUGCACGUUGGAAUUCACUUCUGCACUGCUCUGCAUCAGCUUUCUCUCAAGAGGAGUGCAGGUUAAAUCCAUUUGUGAUAGCUCUGAGGAAAUACUGUAAAGCAUCUCCCAAAAUGCAAUGCCAGUUGCCUUGAGCCUUGUUCCACAUCCCUUUGAGCCAGUAGCACUCGGAUAUCCUCGUUUCCUGAGGAAUAUCUGCAGAUGCACUCAGUUGGAAGUAGUAAUUUGCAUUGCAGACGGUAAGGUAGCUUGAAACUGUGAAUACAGGACAUUCUGAAUGUAAGUUAGGUACUAGAAAACCUGUACUUGUUUCACUUAAUUUAUCUUGGUCUCUGUAGUAGCAACAUGAAGAUACUGGAAGGAGGACAAAAAAAUGACUGAGCUCUAGAAACAUCCUGUAGUAGUUUUGACUGUGACUUGCCAAGAAGAUACUCUGUUGCCUUUGUUAAGCUAAGGGCGUGAAUGCCAAAAUUAAUAAUUCUUGCUGUAGUUAAAGCUAUAUUGUAAAUAUAAAGAGGAUCAUUAAUCUGGGCAUUCUUGCAGAAAUAGCAUCAAGUCAAUAGACUGUAGUGGCCUGGUUGCUUUUGUAAAGCAGAAUAGUGUGAUUUUUUUUCCUUCUCAUUUCUGCAGUCAGAUCUGGCUAAUCCAGACCUAAUUUCUUAGGUCACUCAAGCACUAAAGCUUUCUGAACGGUCAC